AAAGAAAUGGAUUUAUCUACAGUCCCUAUUGAAGAAGUAAAAAAUGUCCUCAUGGGGAUGCAGAAAAUCUUGGAAUGUCCUAUCUGUCUGGAGCUGAUCAAAGAGCCUGUUUCUACAACCUGUGACCACAUAUUUUGCAAAUUUUGUAUGUUGAAGCUUCUCAGCAAGAAGAAAGGGCCCUCUCUGUGUCCACUGUGCAAGAACAAUAUAACCAAAAGAAGCCUACGAGAAAGUACAAGAUUCAGUCAGCUUGUAGAAGGAUUGCUAAAAACCAUUCGUGCUUUUGAGCUUGACACCGGAUUCCAAUUUUCAAAUAGUCAGGAUUUUUCAAAAUGGGAGAAGAGGAGUCCUGAGCCCUUAAAGAAGGAAGCGGCUGUCGUUCAAAGUGUGGGCUACAGAAACCGCACAAAAAGAUUCCGAGCCAGUGAACCAGAAAACCCAAGCUUGGAAUCCAGUCUCGGUGUCCAGCUCUUUGACCUUGGCAUCAGAAAAGGUUCCCUGAGGCAGAAGCAAAAGAAAUGCAUUAAAAAUAAUGCUUUCUACGUUGAGUUAGGAUCUGAUUCUUCUGAAGAUGGUGUAAAAAAUGCAGUUUGUAACAGUGUGGAAGACCAAGAAUUGUGCCAAACCUCACCACAAGGAACCAGACCUAAAGUCAGAUUAAAGUCCAGGAAAAAAGCUGAGUAUGAGUUACCUGAGGAGACCAUAAAGAACCUUCAACAGCAUCAGCCUAACACCAAGGAUGUGCACAUCAACAAGGAAAAUGCCACUGAGGGACAUCCAGAGGAGUCUCAGGGUAUUUCUUCCUCAAACUUGAAUAUGGAACCAUGUGGCACAGACACUCGUGCCAGCUCAUUACUGCCUGAAACCACCAGUUUAUUGCCCAACACAGACAGAACGAAUGUAGAAAAGGCUGAACUCUGUAAUGAAAGCAAACAGCCUGGCUUAGCAAGGAGCCAAGAGAGCAGUCUGGAUGAAAGUAAGGAAAUAUGUAGCUCUGGGAAGACCCCAGAUGCAGAGGAGCAGCAUAAACUGAAUGCCCAUCAUCUGUGUGAGAGGCAAGAACUAAAGGAGAAGCCACAGCAUCCUGACAGCCCCAGAGGUAAUCCUCAGAACUGCCUGUCUGGAACCAAAGUGAAAAGCAGUAUUCAGAAAGUUAAUGAGUGGCUCUCCAGAAGUGAUGACAUUUUAGCCCCUGAUUACUCCUGUGAUCAGAGCAGUAAACAGGAUACCGAGAUGACUAGUGCCUUAGAAGACGGGCAUUCAGAUGCUGCAGAUGGAAAUUCUAGCAUUUCUGAGAAGACUGAUCUAGUGGCUGACACUACUGAUGCUACCUGCGUGCCUGAGUCUGAAAGAAGCUGCCCCAGGCCAGCAGAAAGCAACAAUAUUGAAGAUAAAAUAUUUGGAAAAACCUAUCGGAGAAAGUCAGGCCAUUCUCAUUUGAGUUACAUAACUGAAAACUUGUUUGUUGAAGCUGUUGCUCCUGAUUCUUUGAUCCCUCCAGAGCCUCUCAAAACAACCAGACUAAAGCGUAAAAGAAAGACCAUAUCUGACCUACAGCCUGAGGAUUUUAUCAGGAAGACAGACAUUCCAACUAUUCACACAGCUCCUGAAAAGAAAAAUCAUGCUGUUGACCAAAUUCUUGAAAGCAAACAAAAUGACCAAGUGAUAAACACAGCUCAUGGUCAUCCUGAACAGAAAACACUAGAUGGUCGUGUAGGGGACCUGAAAAAUGCUCAGGCGUCAGAGUUCUCUGCAGAGAAAGAAUCCACUUUCAGAACUGGAACAGAGCCUGUGGCUGGCAGUACGAACCACGGGGAGCUCAAAUUAAAUAGUAGAGAUGCCAAAAUGACAAAAAAAGACAGACUGAGGAAGAAGCCUUCAGCCAGGAUUGUCCAUGCUCUGGAGCUUGUAGCUGAUAGGAACCCAAGCUCUUCUAAUGAGACUGAACUACAGAUCGAUAGCUAUCCCAGCAGUGAAGAGAUAAGGAAAGCAAAUCGUUCCGAACAGAAGCAAGUCAGACGCAGCAGAAGGCUUCAGCUGCUAUCAGAAGAAAUUGCAGUUAAAGCCAAGAAUGCCCAAGAUGACCAAACAGAAAAAAGUUGUGUCGGUGAAGUUUUCCCAGAACUAAAAAUAGGAAAUGUGCCCGCUUGUGCUACUGACAGUCUCACUACGGAUAGGGAUCAGGUAUUAGCUAGCUGCAGUUUCACAGAAGAUGAUGAAAGGAGCCUGGAAGCAAUCCCAAGCAGCAAACACCAAGACCAAGAUGUAGCAUUAAGUGGAAGGGAGGGGCUGCAAGGUGAAAGAGCCCACAGAAGCUCGGAGGCUUUGGAAGUUGCUGAUUCUUAUUGGGAUACUCAGGACAGUGCCUCGUUGUUUCCAGCUGAUCCUCCCCAACAUUCAAAAGCAGGACCCAGUCCUCCUAUAAGUCACUGUGAAGUAGGGGAAACCUCCAAGGAACUCUUAGAUAGUUAUUCAUCCAAAAACACCGAAAGUGGCAGAGAAGAUUUAAGGAGCCCAGUGAGACAAGAAGUUAAAAAUGCCUCCGAGACAGCCACAGAAAUGGAGGAUAGUGAACUCGAUACUCAGUUUUUGCAGAAUACCUUUAAACGUUCAAAGCGCCAGUCAUUUGCUCUGUGUUCCAGCCCAAGGCAGGAACGUAUGAAACCCUGCACUGUCCCCAGGCUUGUAAGUCAGCACAGUCCAGAUAAUGCCACAGAUUGUGGGGACCAGGAUAAAGAAAAUCAGGGAAACAGAGAUUCAAACAAGCCUGUGCAGCCAGUGUCUGCAGUCAUGAGCUUAGUCACAGCUUGUCAGACAGUGGAGAGGAAGCCAGGUGAUUAUGCCAAAAGUAGCACCGCAGGAAUCUCUAGGCUUUGUCACAUAGCUGCUCCAUUACGUAGUGGCAAUGACUGUGAACACAUUGCUGGAAACAACCUGGGAAUUUCACAAGUUCCUGAUCAAAAACAAUCAGUUUCUCCAGGAAGGUCAUCUGCUAGUAAAAAUACGUAUACAAAAAACCUCCAGGAAGAAAUGCUUGAUGAACAGACUACAUGCCCUGAAACAGCUAUGGGAAAUGAGAGCUUCGUCCAAAGCAGCAUAAGCCCAGUUAGCCAAAGUAACAGCCGAGAAUUUAUUUCUGAAGCAACUGACUUAAAAAGAUUUAUUGGCAUAGGCUGUAGUGGAGAAGGCAGUCAGGCAGAAAAAGGUGAAAACAAAGAAUCUGAAUUAAAUACACCAACCAAAUUAAAGCUUGUGCAACCCCACGUCUGUCAACAAAGCUUUCCUCAGGAUAAUUGCAAAGAGUCUAACAGAAAAGGGAAGGAAGGAACUGGAAAAUUAACUCAGGCCAUCAGUACAGAUUCAUCUCCAUGUUUAGAACAUUCUUCUCAGAUUUGGUCUGAGACUCCUGACUUGUUGGACAAUGAUGGCGAAAUCAAAGAAGACAGCAGCUUUGCUGAAAGUGACAUCAAAGAACAAUCUGCUAUUUUUGGUAAAAAAUUUCAGGUAAGACAGUCUAGGAAAAGCCUGAGUCCUUUAGCACAUAGAAAUCCCAAUUUGACUUGGAAAUCCCGAAGACAGGCCCGGAAAUUGGAGUCCUCAGAAGAAGAGGAUGCCUCCAGUGAGGAGGAAGAACUUCCAAACUUUCAAGACUUAAUAUUUGGCAAAGCUGCAAGUACACCCUCUCAGCCCACCAAAAAUAAAGCUAUUGCCAUAGAGCUUUCAGCAAACAAGGCAGAGGAGAAUCUAGCCUUCCUAAACAAAAAUAGCGGUGCUAACAGUCUUCAGAUAUUAUCUGGGGAGGCAUCCCAGGAUGAGAAUUCCAGCCAAGAAUCUGAAUGUUCUGGUAGCUUAUUUUCUUCACACUCUAAUUCAUUAGAAGACUUAACUGGAAAAGCAAACGACAAGGAUUCUGCCUUGGUGUUUGGUUCUUCCAAACAAGGGAGAGGUCAGCCUGGAGCCGAUGAAGUCCAGAGUGACGGUGAAAUGCCCAGGGUUUCCCAAGAUGAAGAAGAAAGGGAAACUGACCUAGAUGAAGAUCAUCACCUCAGGGAUCGGGGUGUGGACUCAAAUUUAGGUGAAUCUGCAUCUGGGUAUGACAGUGAAACAAGCCAUCCUGGAGACAUUUCACAGCUAUCCUCUCAGAGUGAUAUUUUAACCACUCAGCAAAGGGACACCAUGCAAGACAACCUGAAAAAACUCCAACAGGAAAUGGCCGUCUUAGAGGCAGUCUUGGAACAACAUGGUAGUCAGACCUCCAACAGUCCUGCUUCCCAGGAAUCCGGGCUAUGUCCUUCCCCAGAGCAGCCAGACUUAAAACAGACCAAAUCAGAAAAAGGAACAGAGAAAACUGUUGAAUAUCACAAGAGCCAAAAUGCACAGAGCCUUUCAGCAGACAAGUCCCAAGCAUUUCCAGAGGAUUCCAGCAGUAAAAGUGAAGAACCAGGAGUUGAAGGGUCUUCCCUUUUGGACUCCCAAAUGCCAGAUGGGGUCUGGAGCCUGCUUGGCCACUCCAGGAGUCUUCAGAAAGUAGGCUCUCCUUCUGAAGAGGGGAUCAGUAGGAUUGCUGCCGUAAAAGAAAAACAACAGUGGCGACCUAAGGAUCAAAGUGUGAUGAUGGAGCAGUCUUGUGUGCUGAAACCAAACCUGGAAACAGACCCUGAGCCAGAAUCUAAAGCCAAAGUGGACACUAAGAAUACCAAAUCCAGCCCCCAGGAAAAUAAGGACACUGCCCUAAGAGAUAUCCUCAACGUGUCCACUUCAACUUAUGCACUGAGGCCAGCCCAGCUUCAGACUGUAGAAACCACCAACGUUCCUGCUUGCAAUGUGAGGGGUCAGCCGGAGGAAGCUUCUGCCUCUGAGAGGGUCAAAAAAGGAGGGACGGGCAGCUCCAAAAUGUCCCUUGUGGCGUCCGGUUUGACUCCCAAAGAACAUAUGCUAGUGCAGAAGUUUGCCAGGAAAACCCAAAGCACUCUAUCUAAUCAAAUUACUGAAGGAACCACUCAUGUGAUAAUGAAAACAGAUGCUGAGUUUGUGUGUGAGCGGACCCUAAAGUACUUCUUGGGCAUUGCAGGAGGGAAAUGGAUCGUGAGUUUUCUGUGGGUGGUGCAGUCUUUUAAAGAAGGAAAGGUACUGCCUGAGCGUGACUUUGAAGUCAGAGGAGAUGUCAUCAAUGGGAGGAACCACCGAGGCCCAGAGAGAGCAAGAGAAUCUCAGGGAAUGAAGAUCUUCAAGGGCCUGGAAAUCUGUUGCUAUGGACCAUUUACAGACAUGCCAACAGAUCACUUAGAGUGGAUGGUGCGGCUGUGCGGGGCCUCAGUAGUGAAGAAGCCUUCCUCGUUGAGACCAGGAGUGGGUACUUCUCUGGUUGUGGUUGUGCAGCCUGAUGCCUGGGAAGACGACAGCAGUUUUCAGAGAAUCAGGCUGCUAUUCAAAGCACCCAUAGUGACCCGGGAGUGGGUGCUGGACAGUGUCGCCUGCUAUCAGCGCCAGGAGCUGGAUGCCUACAUGAUACCCCAGCCUUCCCCAAGCUGCUGAUGAUCCCACCUGGCAGUAGGUGGAGGCCUGGUCUCCAUGUAGCCUGCCAAGGCUGGUCCAGGGAGCUGGCUUCCCGGGCACAGGUGGUUCCUUUCAUUUGUCCUGGCCUGCAGUCCUGAUUACAAAACAUUUUGUGUCAAUCAGCCUGGAAAGGGCUUCUGCGUGUGCGCGCGCCUGUGUGUGUGUGUGUGUGUGUGUGUGUGUGUGUGUGUGUGUGUGUGUGUGUGCGCGCGCGUGCGCCUUUUUAAAAGACUUUCUGCUUCAAAGUCUCCCUUUUGAAAUCUGCUUUGAGCACAAAAUGUGGUGAUUUGUCACCUGCAAAAGAAUUUAAAAGCAGAUUCUUCACAAAGGAGAGAGGGAGAAAGAUGCUGAUUCAUUAUUUAUCAUGACAGCCACGUCCCUGCAUAUUUUCACCAGGAGAGCUUAGACACAGUCAUUUGUGAAAGCGACACCAGGGCUUGGGGCUCUAGGUUUGGGUUUGCUCAGCCUCCCAAGGGUCAUUUGUUUCCCUGGUUUAGCUGAUAUGCCUUCGAUGGAAGGAGACUUCUAGGGAUCAGCGACAUGACACAGGGUAAUUCUGAGCUGUGUGGAGGCAGCUCUUUGUUUCCUAAGUGUCCUAGUGACUCAUCUUAAAGAGAAUUUAGGGGGACAGAAAUGGCAUGACUGAAACUUCAGGGGUACAGUGUGCAGAAGUUCUGGAAAAACAAGCUGUGCUGGGACUCAAAGGAAUUACUUCUGCAAUUCACCACUGGUAAUAAAUAAGAUAUUUAUGACCACCACUGAUAUAUAACAUUAACUUUAAAAUAUAAGAUCUCUGAUAUCAAUAUUUCAUCUCUGUAAAAUGACAGAUCUCAACAAGAAGGGCAAUAUUGCUUUCCUUGAGGUGAAAAAGAUGCUGAAUCUUAUAGCUUCAUAAAUAAUUUUUCCCUUGCUGAAGAAAGAAAGCGUUUCCAUAAACACAUUAUCCAAGACCAUUUAUAGCCACUGGAAGGACUAGUUCUUCCCUAGAACGCCACUGUACCCAGGCAAUCAUGACUUGAUUGUGCAAAGUAUGUUUUGUAAAUAUUUUGAUACUCAUAGCAAAUAAACUUGAUGGCAGAUGCUUCUCCUGA